AUGGCGUUGUCAGUGCAGAGAACCGCCAGCCGCCGCGAGUGCAAGGUCAAGGACAUGUUGCAGGCCGACUUCGGCCUCCUCGAGAUCGAGCUCGCGGCGGUCCAAAUGCCCGCCCUCAUGUCCUGCCGCUCCGUGUUCGGUCCCUCGCAGCCCCUCAAGGGCGGCGCGAGGAUCACCGGCUUCCUCCACGUGACCACCCAGACCGCCGUCCUCAUCGAGACCCUCAAAGCCCUUGGCGCCGACGUCCGCUGGUGUUCAAGCAACGCCUUCUCCACCCAGGACCACGCCGCGGCCGCCAUCGCCCGCGACUCCGCUGCCGUCUUUGCCCCGAAGGGCGAGACCCUCCAGGAGUACUGGUGGUGCAUUGAGCGGGCCCUCGACUGGGGCCCCGGUGGCGGCCCCGACCUAAUCGUCAGCGAUGGGGGUAACGCCAUCCUCCUCAUCCAUGAGGGCGUCAAGGCGGAGGAGGCCUAUGAGAGCACCGGGAAUCUCCCGGACCCGGCGUCCACCGACAAUGCGGAGUUGCAGUUCCUGCUGACCAUAAUCAGGGACGGGUUGGAGACCGAUCCGCAGAGGUACCGCAAGAUGAAGGAGAGACUCGUCGGAGUCUCCGAGGCGACCGCCACUACUGUCGAGAGGUUGUACGGGAUGCAGGCCGAUGGGACUCUCUUAUUCCCUGUUAUUAAUGUCAACGACUCUGUCACCAAGACCAAGUUUCAAAACUUGUGCGGUUGCCGCCCCUGUGGGCCUGACGGUCUACUGAUGGCCACCGACGUCGAGAUCGCUGGGAAAGUUGCUGUGGUCUGUGGAUACGGAGACGUGGGCAAGGACUGCGCUACUGCCCUCAAGAAGUCCGGUGCUUGUGUUAUCGUGACCGAGAUCGAUCCCAUCCGAGCUCUCCAAGCUCUCAUGGAAGGCAUCCUGGUCCUAACCCUCGAGGAUGUUGUCUCCGAGGCCGACAUCUUUGCCGUCACUGCCGGCGGCAGCAAGGGCAUCAUCACGGUCGACCACAUGAGGAAGAUGAAGAACAACGCCAUCGUCGGCAACAUCGGUCCCUUCAAUAAUGCGAUGGACAUGCCCGGCCUUGAGACCUUCCCGGGCGUGAAGCGCAUCACCUUCAAUCCCCAGACGGACAGGUGGGUCUUUCCCGACACCCAGUCGGGCGUCAUUGUCUUGGCAGAGGGACGCCUGGUGAACUUGGGUUGCACCACCGGCCACCCUCGCCUUGCGACGGCCUCCUGCUCCUUCGCAAACCAUGUGAUGGCGCAGCUGGAGCUGUGGAUGGAAAGGGAGACGGGCAAGUAUGAGAAGAAGGUCUACGCCUUGCCCAAGCACCUGGACGAGAGGGUGGCCGCUCUUCACCUCGACAAGCUCGGCGCCAAGCUCACCGAGCUCAGCAAGGAACACACCGACUAAAGAGUGUCC